CCCCUUCCUCCCUCCGGCCGUGGCGGCUUAUUCGAGCGCGAGGCGGGGCCGCGCGCCAUGGCGGGGGCCGGGCCAGGCCGGGGGCGCGCGGGGGAUUGCCUUUCAGAAGCAAUACAAACUGACUAUAAGAGUGGAGGCUCCCUAGUGUACAGAGGACACAUGGACAUCUCACUGGAAAAUACAACUGUUUCUUUAUCCAAAUGUUCUUCAGAGUCGGAAUUUACUGAAAGUGGAAGAGAGAACAGCAUCAGAUCUUCUGGUGGUUUUCUGCAAAAUUUUCAAGACUGGGAUUGUUUUGAUGAUGCGCAGGAUUCUUUUAGUGAUUCGAGUGGUCUAGAAAUAGAAGAAAAGGCCAUUAAUUACUUUGAAACAGGCAGCACCUUGCCAUCCCAUUUGGCUGCAAAUGCACGAGAAAAUGGUGACCAAAGUAUUAUCAGUGGUUUGAUAAGGAAAAUUAUGAGUGGAACUGAUGCUCAAGCAUGCAGUAGUAAAGGCUUUAUACCACCUCACAUCAAUCAAAUUUACGAUGAAUUAUCUGUCAUACAUCAGAAGCUCCAGAGAGAAAGUUCAGCACAGCAGGAGUAUGCUCUGCAACUCCAGAAACGAGAGCGUUUUCUAAUAGAGCGAGAGGCAUUGCUUUUUAGACAUGAAGCAGCUUUGGCUAAAAUAAGAAGUGUUGAAGAAGAAGUUCACACAAAAUUUGGAAUUUUAAAAGAGCAACACGAGGCAGAAGUUAAACAGCUGACAGAAGCCUUGAGAGAAAUAACGAAAGAAAAUAGAAGGCUGAAGUUGUCGUUUGACACCUUGAAGGAAAUGAAUGACUCUUUAAGAAAACAGUUAAAUGAUGUGACUGAGCUGAACAAGAAGUUGGAAGGUCAAGCAAGAAAAGUACAAGCUCGUUUAGAGAACCUACAAAGGAAGCAUGAAUUUUUAAUCGUAAGGAAGUCUAAGGAUGUAUGUCAAGUUGUGCAACAAAGUAAACCUGUCAAGCAGGAAAAAGCAACAGUAACAUCAAAAAUUGCUAAGCUACCACUGAAUUCACAAGUUUAUGAGCUCUUAACUUUUCUCAUGGACUGGAUCUCAGACCAGCACCUUAGCAAAAUAAAAAUACAAGAAGAAAGAGAGGGCAGUCGUAAAUUUACAGUUGCUCAGACCACAAAAAAGCCCUGCACCCAGGAAAGGUGUAUGAAGCUUUUGCCUAUGGCCGCUGAGCAACUCCAGUGGAUGCCAUUUGUGAAUCCUAAACUACACAUGCCUGUGAUUAAAUUUAUUUACUGGUCUAUAAGACAGCUGGACACUGGUGUUCAGCAUGCAAUAAUGACCUCAACAAUGAGGAGACUGGGUGAAGAUAUUUUCAAAGGCAUAGUAAGUAAGGGAAACCCACAUAGUCCUUCUGAACAGUCUACACAGAGUAAAUCAAAAUCGGCAGCCUUCUUUAAGAGCUCCUGUAUGCCUUUGAGGUUUCUGUCAACUUUAAUCGUGCUUAAAACAGUGACACAAGUGGAUUACCUGGCUAAGGCAUUUGAUUCCCUUUGCGUAGACUUGAAGACAGAUGAAGGGAAGGCCUUAUUUUUGGAAUACCAAUGUGUGCCUGUCAUAUUACGUCACUUAAAAGUGUCCAGUAGAGGUCUGCUUUCCAGUGCUCUUGAUGGAUUACUUCAGAUGACCAUGGAAUCUGGUUCCUUACAGCCUUUCCUGGAAGCCUGCAGUAAUGAAUCCUUCUUCCGUACUUGCUCUGCAUUGCUUCGAAGUUCUAAGCUAGAUAUUCAGAUUUUGGAAAAACUCUGUGUUUUACUGCAAAACCUCUCCAGAAUAAAAAGCAAUAUGAAGAUGUUUGAGUUGUUUAAUCUUCACCAAACGAUCCAAGAACUGCACAGGACUGCAAACCCAGAUCACGCGUUCCUCUGUAUAAACCUCAAUUCAAUUCUGUUGAAUUUAGGAUUGUCUAGGAGCAGCUCUCUCACCUCCAGUCUAAGCACAAGUCACUAGCGUUAUCUUUCAGUCUGUGUAAUUUAUACCAAUUGCCUAUGUUACUUGAAAAUUGGAUUUUUUUUUUCCACCGUUUUCUAUAAAUAAACUCAGCAGAACUUCAGUACUAUAAAUUACCCUGUAGCAUGUGGAAUCUCAUUUAUAUUUCCCUCAUUCAAAAAAAAGAAAAUGAAAAAUUGUACAAUGUGCUAAAUGGCUUUAUUUGAUAAUUUUUAUAAAGAAGGGAAAUAAUGCUGCUCUUCUGAAUGACUCCUGCAAUCUAAGAAAUUGGAUCCCGUGAGUAAGCAGAUAAGAAAUACCAACCUUUCCUUACAGGUACGAAUUUUAGUUAGCUUUGACUCUUCAGAUAGUUUUAUACAUUUAUUUAAUUUGUGGUUGAUAAGUAACAGGCAGGUACCUUUUGGUACCUUCUGGUACCUCUGGCAGGUACCAGAAUUAUCUUUUGAGAUAGUUACACUUCUAAUGAUUAAAACUAGAUUUUCAUUUAACAUAACUAGGUGUGUUGAAAAAGAAAUUUUGUUGUCAUUUGGAUUUCAGAAUAUCUUGAUGUUUGUUUGCUAUUUUCUUGUAUUUAUGUAGCAUUUAGUAUUUUAUCCUACUUUGUAUGAUUUCUAGUGUAACUUUGGGUUGUAAUGUCUCUCAAAAUGUCAAUAAAAACAUUUCUUAAAAUGCCUGGCAAUAUUAAUCCCUAAUGAAAAUUAUUAUAUUUUAUUGGUUUUGCUAUAUUUUAUAUUAAUUUGCAAUACAAUCCUCAUUUGGUCUCUUAGUACCCCUAUUUCUUUUCUGAGUGUGAUGAAUGUAUUUUGUCUGCCACAAUUCUGUGUUCAGAGGUUCUUACACAUAGGAAAUAGAAUGCUUUUUAAAAAUUCAACUGAAGUCUUCCAUUUCUGAUUUAUACCGUAACAAACUCUUUAAUUGUAAAAUUGAAACUGCAGUUAUAAUUUAAAGGUCUGCUCUAUGUUAGUCUUUGGUUAACACUGACAAUCAGUAUAAAACUUCAGAGAGGUUUACUUCUCAUUUUCAUAAUGUUUUUCUUGGUUUUCCUUUGUAUUUCUUACCCGAAGUCUUUGAAGUUGAAUUCUAACUGCAAAUAUUUCUCUAGCAAUUCGACAUACAUUUCUGACAAGCUUUCCUAUGAA